AUGGUGGUCAACGAGAGAUCAUCCAAGAGGAUGAAGAGGAGGGUCACAGCUGAUCUCUAUGACUUCCUUACUUUUCCGGCCGCCGCCGACGUAUCCUCCGGUGAACCCUUCAGGACGUGUGUCCAACGCUUCCUAUCAGACCACGCACGCAUCACUUUCCCUCCCUCCUUAUUUCCGUCCCUUAUGACGUGGCAGAUCUUGUUCCGUGUUGGAGACCUUGUCGACGGUCCCGAUCUCUUGCCCGCUGUGGUCACUCUUGACAUUGUUGAGGAGGAUGUAACGCGUUCUCGCAGUUCUGUCUAUUGUGACCAGUGCCGAGUCGUUGGGUGGAGUGGUCAUCCAGUGUGUCGAAAGCGAUACCAUUUCAUAAUAAGAGCCAUUAAUAAUGCUGUUGAACCAUAUCAAAGACCUUGUUCAAGAUGUGGAAACCUUCUCCAAUUAUCUGAAACAAGGUGUAGAUCCUGUAACUUUGCCAUCACCGUAGAUGACCUUGAGGACUGGGUGUAUCUUCAGAUUGAAGAUAACACUCAUCUCCUGCACGGUGUGGUUCAUUCCAAUGGUUAUGGUCACCUCCUUACUCUUAGUGGAAGAGAAGGUGGUUCGAAGCUUCUAUCUGGAUCUGAUAUUAUGAAUUUCUGGGAUAGGCUAUGUACUGCAAUUUCUGUUAGGAAGGUUAGCGUGAUGGAUUUGUCCAAGAAAUUUGGGCUGGAAUACCGAUUGCUUCAUGCAAUCACCAAAGGACACUCCUGGUAUGGCAAUUGGGCUUAUGAAUUUGGAACUGGAAGCUAUGCUCUUACCCAAGAUGCGUACAAGAAUGCAGUGAAUACCCUGUCAAGUAUGCCGUUGUCAUCAUUUUCGUUCCAUGGUCGGGGACCGCAAAGCCGCCUGGAGUGUGUCAUUUCUCUUUACCAAUCAUUGGCAGAAACUGAACUUCUGAACAUUCAAGAUCUCUUCUCCUUUUUGUUGACAUUGAUUCGGGAAUGUCGGAAGCCAAUGGCCAUGACAACAUUUAAGCACACCAGUAAUUUGUUGUGUACUUGGACGGGAAAAGAUGUUGAAGAUGUGCAACAUGCUCUAGUCAAGGUAUUGCUUGCAUCUGGUGCUUGUACAGAGUCCAAAUGGGUGUCCAGGCGUGCUCUCAAAGGUGCAGUAUGCAGGGGUGUUUCAUCUCCAGAGCUUCUUGAUUACUGUCUUAAGCACUUACCUGGUAAAUUAGCUGCCAAUGGGAUGGUAGUUUGUUCACGAUGCAAUCCCAUUUCCAGUGCCAUUGAAUUCAGGUUGGUACCUUGGAGUAAUGGAUUAAGCACAAAUUCAAGUUAUCCAACAGAAGAACAACUUAUCUCUGAUUUGGCAUUUUUAUUUUAUUCAAUAAUUCAUCCAGACAAAAUGGUGUCCUACAGACCUAAGAUUAUGAGGAAAAGGGUUGCUGAUUCAGCCAGGAAGCUCCUUGACUGUAAACAAUUUAUGAAGGAUUACAAGCCAUGUGAAAUGGCAGUUGAACUGCCUUCUGUCAUUAGGCUGUUGUGUCAUGUGGAGCUUUCUGAUCAGCCUAAAGAUGAUCCAUCCCCACCGCCAGAGCUGAUUGUGUUGCCUUUGAAUGCAACCAUUGCUGAGCUCAAGAGCGAAGCCACCAGUGCUUUUCAAGAGGUUUAUGCAAUGUAUAAGAGGUUUCAAGCUGAAGAACUCCUAGGAUACGGGUCCAUCAGUGAUUCGCUCACUUUAAAGUUUUUGCUCGGAACUAGGGGAUCAGUUCGAAUUCAAGGUAAAUGCCUAGCAAAACAUGGGCUAAGUCGAUUCAGAAUGGAACGAGGAACAGAGGCGUGGAAGGUUGAUUGUACUUGUGGGGCCAAAGAUGAUGAUGGAGAGAAAAUGUUGGCAUGUGAUACCUGUGGUGUUUGGCAGCAUACCAGAUGUGCUGGGAUUGAUAAUUCUGAAGGUAUGCCCUCCAAGUUUGUCUGCAUGAGAUGUGUCAACUUGUAUCGUGAGGAGACUAAAAAAUCACCAUCUGGGGCGGAAGCUAACGAGACCUGUAAAAUCAACACUUCUUGCAGAGAUGAGGCAGUAGCAAGGACAACAGUUUCGUGUAACAUAACUGUGAAUUUUGGUGUACGUUGA